AGAGGCACCGCAAGCGGAGGGAGGGAGGGAGGGAGGGAGGAAGGAAGGAGCUGGUGGUGCGUGCCUGACUUUCCUUAGAAGCCAGGCCUCCUUCUUCGUCCAAUGUCGCACGGGGUGGGUUUUCUCAGGGCCAGCUCGGCAGUUCUUCACUCUCUUGCGCUCAACCCUUCGAGUCUGCUGCUGCGGGGCAGAAUCGCCAGGCCGAGCUUGCGCAUUUGUCCUGUUUCCGCAUCGCUUUUCGCCGUGCGCUGCUCCGGCUCAGCUUUGAGGGAGAACCUGAGAGGAGAAUCAACAGCUACAAUGGCAAUAGAUCCGGAGAAUAGUGGUGAAAAUAUCCGGAAGCGGUUUCUGGACUUCUUCGCAACCAGGGGCCACACGAUUUUGCCGAGCUCUUCUCUCGUGCCUGAAGACCCUACUGUUUUGCUCACAAUUGCUGGGAUGCUCCAAUUCAAACCCAUCUUUCUCGGUCAGAAAGCAAGAACCGUCCCACGUGCAACAACAUCUCAAAAGUGUGUUCGCACGAAUGAUAUAGAAAACGUGGGUGUCACAGCAAGACACCAUACUUUCUUUGAAAUGCUUGGUAAUUUCAGCUUUGGUGACUACUUCAAGAAAGAAGCCAUCAGAUUCGCUUGGGAAUUAGCCACUAAAGAGUACAAAUUGCCAGAAGAGAGGGUAUUUGUGAGUGUUUUCGAAGAAGACGACGAAGCUUUUGCUAUAUGGCGUGACGAGAUUGGAGUGCCAGUGGAGAGAAUAAAACGUAUGGGAGCCGAAGACAACUUCUGGGCCAGUGGACCGACUGGCCCUUGCGGCCCUUGUUCAGAAAUGUACUACGACUUUCACCCCGAGAGAGGCCUGCAAGACGCGGAUCUCAACGAUGAUUCGAGAUUCAUUGAGUUCUACAAUCUGGUCUUCAUGCAAAGUAAUCGCUUGGACGAUGGCUCGUUGGUGCCAUUACAAAACAAGAAUAUCGACACUGGACUUGGGCUUGAGCGCAUGGCGCAGAUUCUUCAAAAGGUUCCAAACAACUAUGAAACGGACCUUAUUUACCCCAUUAUUAGCUUCGCAGCAGAGCUCGCCCAAAUAGACUACAUGAAAGCGGACGAGCGCACGAAGACCUACUUGAAGGUCAUCGGAGAUCAUACCCGAGCAGUCACGUAUCUCAUUUCUGACGGGGUUAAUCCAUCAAACAUCGGAAGAGGCUACAUAGUUCGACGACUGAUCAGGAGAGUUGUCCGCAUGGGUCGUCUUCUUGGAAUCAAGGGUGAUGGAAAAGGAGAUCUGGAAGGAGCUUUUUUGCCACGUAUUUCGGAAGUGGCUGUGAACAUGAGUUCUGCGGUGGAUCCUUUUGUCCAGCAGAACGCCUCAAGGAUAUAUGAAGAGUUGUACAGAGAGGAGCAAAGAUUCGUUCAAACCUUGGAAAGAGGGGAGAAGUUACUGGAGAAGCUUCUAACGGACGCUCUGUCCGGAAAAAUUUCCAACGGAACAGAGGAACCUAAGCUUUCUGGAAAAGACAUUUUCUUGCUGUAUGAUACUUUUGGUUUCCCAGUUGAAAUUACGGAGGAGGUUGCCAGGGAGCGUGGAGUCGGAGUAGAUAUGGAUGGUUUUGACAAGGAGAUGGCAGUGCAAAAGUCGCAGUCGCAGUCUGCUCAUAAUGUCGUGAAGUUGACCGUGGGUGGAGCUGUGUCUGAGUUGUCAUCGACAAUCGCCAAGUCCAAGUUUAUGGGCUAUCAUACUACUGAGGCGAAGGGACAAGUAGUGGCCCUGCUGACCAAAGGUGCCCCUCUUACAGAAGCUUCCGAGGGACAAGAAGUCGAAUUGAUUUUGGAUGAAACACCAUUCUACGCAGAGUCAGGUGGACAGAUUGGUGAUCAUGGUACUAUCAAAGGUCAAAGCGAAGACGGAUCCGAGUUUGUUGUCAGAGUGACCGACGUGCAAAAGGCAGGACAAGGUCUUAUUUUGCACAGAGGACAAGUUGAACAAGGCAAGAUCACUUUAGGAGCGAAGGUGGAGGGUACCGUAGAUUCUCAAAAACGACGCCGAGCAAUGGCACAUCAUACUGCAACUCACCUUCUCCAGUCUGCUUUGAAAAAAGUCCUUGGGGCCAGUGUAUCCCAGGCAGGUUCCCUGGUUGCAUUUGAUCGCUUGCGCUUCGACUUCAAUCUACCCAGAGCGAUGACUGAGGAAGAAGUUGUGAAUGUCGAGAAUCUGGUAAAUGGCUGGAUAGGUGAGGCAGUUGAUUUGGAGACAAAAGUCAUGGCACUCACAGACGCCAAAAAGUCGGGUGCCAUUGCUAUGUUUGGAGAGAAAUACGAGGAUGAGGUAAGAGUCGUCAAUGUGGAAGGAAUCAGUAAGGAGUUGUGCGGAGGCACACAUGUUAGGAACACCGCAGACAUUCGGGGGAUCAAAAUCAUGUCCGAGCAGGGCAUAGCAGCUGGUGUGAGACGUAUUGAAGCUGUCUGUGGAGCAGCCUUUAUUGAGUACGUAAACCAGAGGGACAGUGUGGUCAAGCAACUGAACUCCUUACUGAAGGUGAAGCCAGAGGACCUCGCCACCAGAGUACAAGCUCUUCAAGAUGAGCUCAAGUCUAUGAACAAGGAGGCAGCAUCAUUACGCGCAGAGUUAGCAAUCGCGAAGGCAGAGUCCUUUGCAAACAAUGCCGAGGUGGUUGGUCCAUCAAAUGUCAGGGUGUUAGUUACGUCACUGGGAACUGUAGAUUCAGAUGCCCUGAGAGUCGCUGCCGAGCACCUGGUGGCGAAAAUGGGAGACCCCAGUGCCUUUGUCAUAGCAUCUACGUCCGCGGAUGGGAAGGUGAAUCUUGUUGCUGCUUUUAGCAAGUCAGUAGUGAAACAAGGACUCGCUGCGGGUAAAUUUUUGGGUCCGAUUGCCAAGCUGUGUGGUGGAGGUGGAGGCGGCAAACCGAACUUUGCACAAGCAGGCGGGAAAUUGCCUGAGAAGCUCGAGGAAGCACUGAACAAGGCCAAAGUAGAUUUGGUAGCAGCUUUGUCCAAGGCGUCAUAGCUUUUACUUCAGGUUGUUAGUCGACUCACAGCCGUUAUGUCCCUGUCUUUCACCAAAUCUAGUCUCCGUUAAAAUUGAUUCAUGGCUCGAAAAACCAAUCAUCCAAGUAGUGGAUGUUUAUCAUGUAUCCAGGCUUUACCAUUAAAAGAAGGCCUUGUCAUAAUACAAAAUCGUUGUA